UUUCCAGGUUCAUGUUUCUUAUACAGAUAGUUAAUAUCAUAUUUUGUAUUACAUGUGGCUACUCUGAAAAUCACCACCACUGCGUACAAACAAAAUCUACUGAUGAAAGUUGUGAUGCUUUAAAAACCACGGAACCAUCGAUGGCGUUAGUUCCAUAUAAUCCCAACAAUGAUGUUCUGGCCGUUUUUAACAAGCCAGAACGAGUGUUCCGUUUUGUUGAAAAGGAAUUGAAAAUACCACAGGACUGGAAUAAUUUGGGCGUAGCAGCUGUUGUGUGGGAUGCGGCUAUUGUUCUCUGUGAAUACUUGGAGACAGGAAAUGUAGUUUUGGAGCAUAAGAAAGUUAUAGAACUUGGAGCUGGAUCUGGUUUAGUUGGUAUUGUAGCCACAUUACUAGGGGCCCAAACCAUCAUAACCGAUCAGGAGAAAGCACUUCCAUAUUUGACUAAAGCUGUGAGGAACAAUCUGCCAGACAAUUUUAAAGACAAAUAUAAAGUUCAGGCCCUGGAUUGGCGAGGAGAUUUAGAGACCUACACAGAAACUUUUGAUGUAAUCCUGGGUGCUGAUAUUAUAUACAUUGAGGAUACCUUUCCUGAUUUGCUGAGAACUAUUAUACACUUAAAUGUGGGCUUGAGACGGUUAUUGUGUGGAAGUAUGAAGGAAAAUUGAGUCCCCAGAAAAAAAACCACGCAUCUGAGAGGGUGCUGGUGGAUAAGCAGACAGAGACACAGAACCUUGCAUCAUACCAUUAUACAACUCGUCUAUGAUGGCUGAAUCAAGUUUGGAUAUCCUAGCCUUAUUAGUAUUGUUUCUAUCUUGAUUUGUGCCUACCAAAUAACCAGUGUAAGUUUCAUGUAUGACCUUGAAAAAACUGUAGGGUUCUUCCUGUUGAUGAUCCCCGUCUAUAAUUACUGUUUUUAUCUGAUCUACAAUGUGUUGACAGACAGACACACCGCACCAUACCAUAAAACAACCCAGUCUAUGGUGAGUGUAUAAUAAUCAAUUUACAUUUACCAUGAUCCUUUGGGUCCCAUAUAAACAAAUCUGUAAUCAUCUUUGUCAGUUUUUGUGUCCCAGAACUCAUUCAACCAAUCUGAUGAGAAGCCACAAGGAAUCUCGUAUGCUUUAU